CAAAUACUCAACUCCGGCCCAGACACCCAAGCCAUUGAGUCGUGUUUGACGCUUUCCUUCCUCGUAUCGGCUAUGCCGCUAUGAGCUAUCCCCUCAAAAGUGAAAAAAAAAAAAAAAAAAGCAAAAACAAAUGCAUUGGAGAGAGUGGUCUCCUUCCUCAUUAUCUUUGAAAGACAACUUUUAAAAAGGGUUUUAAGUCAAGUAAAAUAAACCUUUUCUCUCCCAAACAAUGCCCACUCCAUUUCCAUGUGCCACUACUCACGCCUCUCCCACUCCCCAACCCCCAAUUCCAUCGCUAGGGUUCUCACUUUUUUCUUUAAUUUUUCUUUUUUUUUUCCGCGUCAAAGAAAAUAACAACAAAAAACUAUUCGCAGGAAAAUAUAUUGUACUAUAUAUAUUUUUUUAAUUUUUAUUUUUUAAAAAAAUUUUUUCAUGGAAAAUUGUCAACAAGUGGAAUCCACCACGGCUCUGUAUAAGCCUUGUUUACAAGACAACGUCGGCGGCGGCGGCUGCGUUGAUGGUGGUGGUAAUAAUAGUGAUAGUUUGAAUCGUGAUUCUUUACAAGGAGUUGAGUUCAUGAGCGUCGAUCAAUGCCAGAAGAUUCCAGAGAUGGACGAUUCGCAGCUCGUUGGAAACGCUGACGUGGAGGUUCGAGGAGAUGCUGGUGCUAAAGCCGAGACGGGGGCGUUGAAUGGAGUCAAAGUUGUUGAGUUGAGCGGGGGGAAGCGGAGGCGGGGAAGGCCGCCGAGGAAUCAGGUGAGAACCACGGCGUCAUCGGUGCCACCUCCUCAAAGGAAGAAGAAGGAUGAAGAAGAUGUUUGCUUUAUAUGCUUCGAUGGCGGGAGUCUCGUGCUUUGUGAUCGCCGGGGCUGUCCUAAGGCAUACCAUCCAGCCUGUAUCAAAAGGGAUGAGGCAUUCUUUAAAUCAAAGGCAAAAUGGAACUGUGGGUGGCAUAUAUGUAGCACUUGUCAGAAGUCUUCAUAUUAUAUGUGCUAUACUUGUACAUAUUCCUUGUGCAAGAAUUGCACUAAAGAUGCUGAUUAUCUGAAUGUAAGAGGAAAUAAAGGAUUCUGUGGAAUGUGCAUGAGAACUGUAGUGCUGAUUGAAAACAGCACAUUAGAAAAUAAGGAAAUGGUUCAAGUGGAUUUUGAUGAUCAAACUAGUUGGGAGUAUCUCUUCAAGGUGUAUUGGAUUUUCUUGAAAGAGAAGCUAUCUUUAAGUUUAGAUGAGCUUACUAAAGCUAAAAACCCUUGGAAAGAAACUGCUAUCAUGGAUCCAAAGGGGGAGUCAUCAGGUGAACUUAAUAACAUUAGUAAUGCUAGAGGUGCUAACAUGGAAAGGUCUUGUGAAGACCUAGGAGCUAGUUAUUCCAAGAGAAGAAAAGGCAUGAAGAAAGAGAAGUUUUUGAACAAAGUUGAAUCUCUAGAAGCAGAAAAACCGGGUGUUAUGAAAGGGAUGCUUUUGCCUGAAGGCACAAAUUGGGCAACAAAGGAGCUUCUUGAAUUUGUGGCACACAUGAAACAUGGUGAUUUAUCUGUGCUAUCACAUUUUGAUGUUCAGGCGCUUUUGCUUGAGUAUGUAAAACGAAGCAAUCUUCGUGAUCCUCGCCAGAAAUCUUACAUUGUCUGUGAUUCAAUGCUUAUAAAAUUGUUUGGAAAAGCAAGGGUGGCCCACUUUGAAAUGUUAAAGCUUCUUGAAUCACACUUUCUCACUCAAGACCAUUCAAGGCCCAUCAAUACCAUUAGAGCUGGAGGUAGUGAAGCUGUUGCCCAAUUGGCCAUUGAUGGGAGCAAUGAUAGUCAUCCUUUAAUUGUCAAUAAUAAGAGACGUAAAACACGUAAAAAGGUUGAUGAGAAAGGACAAAAGGCAAAUCUAGAUGAAUUUGCUGCAAUUGAUGUUCAUAAUAUGAACUUGAUCUACUUGAAGCGUAAUUUGAUGGAGAACUUAAUUGAUGAUACUGACAAAUUUAAUGACAAGGUUGUUGGUUCCUUUGUAAGGAUAAAAAUUUCCGGGAGUGAUCAGAAGCAAGAUAUGUAUAGACUUGUCCAAGUUAUAGGUACCAGCAAAGUGGUUGAACCAUAUAAAAUUGGUGAAAGGACAACUGAUAUCAUGCUUGAGAUAUUAAAUUUAGACAAGAAAGAGAUUGUCUCGAUUGAUGGAAUUUCAAAUCAGGAAUUUGCUGAGGAUGAGUGCAAACGUCUACGUGAGAGAAUAAAAUGUGGGCUGAUGAAAUGGUUUACAGUGGGUGAGAUUCAGGAGAAAGCAGUGGCACUUCAGGCAGUGAGGGUAAAUGACUGGCUGGAGUCGGAGAUUUUGCGAGUUAAAAAUCUUCGUGAUCGAGCAAGUGAGAAGGGACACAUGAAAGAGUUCAGAGAAUGUAUAGAAAAAUUGCAGCUUCUGAACUCACCUGAUGAACGCCAGCGUAGGCUGCAUGAAAUUCCUGACGUACACAGUGAUCGAAAUAUGAAUCUAUAUUGCAAGUCUGAGGAAGUUGCUGGAGAGUUGGAUGAGAAGAAAAAAGAUAACCACAUGAAAUCAAGAAAUUCUGGCUCUGGUAUUAAGGAAAAGGAGCCUGCCUCUCCACUGAAGGGAGGUGAUAUCUUAAGUGAUAUAGGAAGCAGAGAAACUAGCAUACCGCUGCAUUCUACAGGAAUGGAGCUAUCUGUAAAUAAUAGUGAGACAGAUAAAAUAUGGCACUAUCAAGACCCACUUGGGAAAAUUCAAGGGCCAUUUUCUAUGGCAACAUUACAUAGAUGGAGCCUGAGUCGUCAUUUCCCUCCUGAUUUGAGAAUAUGGAGAGUAAGUGAAAAGCAAAAAGACUCCAUUCUCUUAACUGAUGUUUUGGAUGGGCAGUACAACCAAGCACAACAGUUGUUUCAUAACAGCUGUGUACGAACUGAGGACAUGAUGAUUGUCUCUAAUGAUGGAUGUCAGAAUGGGGAUGGAGAUGUUAGGGACAGUAUGGAUCUGAAUGUGACUCAGAUGGAAAGUAAACAGGUUGAGGGGAACACAAUGCAGAAUGAUACAAAUGGUCAUUGUUAUGUUAACAAAGAAUUUGUUAAGAGCAAAGAAUUGGCCUUGCAAUCUUCUCCUUCUACUGCUCCCGUAGAAAUUGUUUCCAAUGCAAUACAGGCAGGAAGUCCUUUACCACACUGGGACUCUGUGAAUGGUGAGAAUGACUUCCCUUGCCAGCCCCAAGUGAGUAGUUCACUUCCCUUAUCUACAUUAUCUGGGAAACCAUUUGAAACUCAGUCUCAUCAAUUUAGCAAAGGUCACGGGGCUGAAAGAUGGGACUGUGGUUUGAUGAACAUAAAUGAGAAUUUGAACAAGACCCCUGAAAGUCAAAUUAUUGCUGGAAAUGUGGAGCACGAUGAUUGUGAGGGAAGAUCAGGCAAAUCUUGUGGGCAAAGCUGGAGAUCUACACCUUUAAAUGAUGCUUCAAAUGGAUGGGAUUCCAAUUCUGGUCUUAUAUCUCUGGCUAGGGCUCUUGAAGCGUCAGAACACAAUCAGGAUAUUGAUUUCCCAGAUAUUCCCACCUCAACAUCAAAGUUGAACCUCGAAGACUCCAAAAGUCAGGCUACUGAAAACAAACAGUCUCUUUCUUCGAAUGUUCCUCAUCAGGAUUCAGGUCCUAGUUGGAGUACCGCUUCUAGUCUAGUGGGUAAUGGACCACAGCUUCCUGAAAUAGCUGGUGAAUGGGGUGGGUGUUCCUCCACUCAGGUGAAACCUUCUGCAGAGGAAUGGGAUUCAAAUCUUGUGCCUGAAUCUUCUUUGAAACCAACUGUAUUGGGAAGUGAUCAUGUUGCUACUCCAACUUCUGGAAGUGGCCAAUUAACACAUUUUUCUCCCACAGAUCCUGCAAAUAAUGCAUCUGGUUGGGAUUCAAUUGUUCCCGAGCCAAAUGACUCUUCUUGGGGUGAUGAAUCAGUUUCAGAUCUUUUGGCUGAAGUUGAAGCGAUGGAGUCUCUUAAUGGCUUGUCUUCACCUACAUCAAUUUUGCAUAGUGAUGGAGAGUUGGCUCAAGGUUCUGACCCUGAUUGUUUUAGUCCUGUAGGAGGACUGAGCCCUGCACCUGAUCCAGGAAAAAGCGAUUCUCUGAGCUCAACAAAUGAUCUACAAAUGCCUUCUGAGUCAACUGUGACGAAUAAGCCAUUUGGGGUCUCUCAGUCCCAAGUUCUUGAUGCUAAAAAGAGUUCUGGCGGGCAUUCUUCCACAAGUGCUGAAAUGGAUGAAGAUAAAAGGCCCAGCGAUGUCUCAGUUAAUCAAAAUGAAGCCGGUUCGGACAUGCAGCCUCCUGCAUCAACUGUAACAACUUGGGGCAUGGCUACCGUAGAUACCGCUUGGAGAGCAGGUCCAGAAACUACGGGCACCAACUGGGGAACAGUUCAAGGAAAUGCAAAUUUUAAUUGGGGAUGUUUAGGUCAAGAAACCACGAGUGUUAAUUGGGGAACAGGUCAGGGAACAUUCCAGGAAAAUGGCAGCAUCAACUCAGGCACUUCGGCAGCGAAUCCGCCAUAUUGGGGAGGGCAACAAAGGUAUGCUGGUCAGAGGGAGCGUGAUUUUCAGGGGAGAGAUUCAAGUUUUGUUAGGGGCAGGUCCUCAGUGAAUAGGCAGUCGUACUCUUACGGUGGUCCAAAUAGAGUUGGUUCUUUCAGGCCUCCGCUGAAAGGGCAGCGGGUCUGUAAAUUUUAUGAAAACGGGUACUGCAAGAAGGGUGCAUCAUGUCGUUAUUGGCACCCUUGAUUCGGUUACUACCACAGCAAUUUGUGUGCAUGUAAUUCUGUAUUCAUUAUUCGUAUUAGGAAUUUGCAGUCUUAAUUCUCCCAAUUAAACCUGUAACGGAAUCAUUCAAGCUGGGCAUAAUACAUAUUAUUUCUAUGCUCUGGAUAGGCCAGGUUUUUGAAUAUAAAGGACCCUUGGUUAUCAAUUA